UCUCUCUCUCUUUCUUUUCAACAUACUCGACUCUUAUUUGCAUGUUCCUUUGGCAUUACUCGCUUCUUCCAGAGAGAGAGAGAGAAUAGCUCAGAGAGAGAGAGAUGGAGAGAGCAGAUCAACAGGCAAGAGGCUUUCAGGGGUACCGAAAGAUUCAUCAGCAGCAACAGUUGCCUGCUUCUGGGACGGCAAGUACAGGGACUGACAAUAAUCCAGCGGCUGGUGAUCAAGAUUGCCUUGUGAGAGAACAAGAUAGGUUCAUGCCGAUUGCCAAUGUGAUACGCCUUAUGCGGAAAAGCAUCCCUUCCCAUGCAAAGAUCUCUGAUGAUGCCAAAGAACUGGUGCAAGAAAGUGUGUCUGAGUUCAUCAGCUUUGUAACAAGUGAAGCAAACUACAGGUGCCAGAAGGAGCAGCGGAAGACCAUCACUGCAGAAGAUGUGCUCUGGGCAAUGAGCAGUCUGGGGUUUGAUGACUACGUCGAGCCACUCACCUUCUACCUGGACCGCUUUCGUGAGGCUGAUGGGGGUGAGCGCAGCGCACUGAGGGGUGAGCCACUGGUGAGGAGGUCAGGGGAGCACGGGGCACCGGGGAUUCCUCCAACAUUUGCACCAGGGUACUAUAUGGGGCCGCAUAAUGCGCUUCUAGGGGCUGUGACAAUGGGGAGCUUUGUGAAUGAUGUUCACAAUGCUGGACCGUCUGGUGCUGGAGUUAAUACCCUUGAUCCAUAAGCUAAAAGUGAAGAAUGUGGAAAGUUAAGUUUCUUAGAGACAUUGGAUGAAUAGACUAAAGUAGUUUCAUCUUAGGGAAAUUUGCAGAUUAUUA